AUGAUAAAAGAUUUUGGAAGGCAUUCUUACAAGCAAUUCGUCAGGGGGCAACCAAUACGAUUUGGAUACAAAGCAUUGUUUUUAUGCAUCACUUCUGGGUAUUUUGUAAAAUUUUCCUUUUAUCAAGGAAAAUCACCAAAUGCAAAUGCAGCAUAUGAGGAACAGUUUGGCAAGACUACUGCCCCAUUCAUUCAGAUGAUAGAUAAUUUAACACUGGAAGUAAAGCAACUGGCACUCAAUUUCUCUUUUGACCUCUUUACAGGAUUUGCUGUUCCGUCUUUCCUAACAGAUGAAGAUUAUGGUGGAACAGGCACUAUUAUAGAAAACAGAGUUCCCUAA